AUGAAAUAAAAACAAGCUGUCACUCUAGUCUUGCUCUGCGUUUGUCACUUCAACUUGGUUCCAAUUCAUAUCCAUUAUCUGAGACUGUGUCAUCUUAAAUUCUGAAAUCCACGGAACAGACCAGGAGAAUCUAUACACCUGAUGUGAUGUGUUAACUCAAGGUGUCACACAAAUCUGUUCCUGUAAAUAAGUUACCGCUCUUGAUUCUGGUAUGAAUAGGGGCAUGUGAAUGUGGUGAGAGCCAAGAUGAGUGCCUACAAUACAGACAUACAAGCACCUCUCUUCGGGGAGACACAGACAUGGGAACGAGCGGUGAACGUUAUAAUUGGCAUUGUCUUGGUUGUAAUAGUCACGGUCACCUUCAUUAGUGCAUUAGUCUUCCCUUCGUGGCCUCCAUUGCCUGUCAAUAUCUUCUUUUCAAUCUGUAUCAUCUUUGUAUGCAUUGGAAAUAUUUUGCUGAUUUACUGGUAUAGGCAAGGAGAUGUGGAUCCCAAGUUCCGUCUGCUGAUAUACUACAACAGCUUCUGUGUCAUUGCCCUCUGUGUGGCUGCUAAUCUCUAUUUCCAUGAGGUAUGAUUAUAACAUUUUAACCACAACACCAAACGAAAGCACAAGAUUGGUCGCGAUGGAGUCUGUGGAUAACAUGCAGGUUUUACCCAAUUCAAAUGGUAUCCAAUUGCUUGAAGAUCAAGUGGCUUGAACUGUGGAGUGGAAGAUGCAAGAUAUUGAUCUACAUAUGCCACUCUAUACCCUGGUAAGAUAUGGAAGGCGAUUGUGAUUGAAUAUUGACUAUCUCUUCAAACCAGGGAGUGGAGAUACUCAGAACCAAUUCCUAUCUUGAUUUAAAGUCUUCCUUUUUUAUCACCUUAAUUUCUAUACACAACUAGUUUCACUCUAAUAUUGUUAUCACUGUGAAACCUGAAUUUGGAUUUUUUUUUCAGAAUAUCCUUCUCUCGCUAACUGUAUUUUUUUUUUUAACAGUACCUGUUAUAUGCAAGAUAUAUGUUGUGCUCUUUUUUAGGCGCUUUUCACAGCUCCAUAUAAAUAACUGGUUUUUUUUUCUUCAUCCUUUUUUUCUUCAUCACCCUAUCAAUAAUAAUAAUAUACAACUUGUUUACAAUACAUGUAGAUGAGGAAAGCUGUAUACCAAAUAUGAAUACCAGUAUAUGUUAUGGUGUUGAUAAUUAAUUCUUAUGUAUGUAAUGACACAAAAAAUGGAAAAAUUAGCAUUUAUCUAAAGAAAUUUCUCAUGUUUUUCUGAAUGAUUAAAAAAGCUGUAAAGCAGGUGUUUUUGUGUUCAUAGAGGCAUUAAAGGCAAUAAACUCGUUGGCAAUGUUGUUAACAGGAAAAAAGGUUAACUUGGAUUAAUAUAAUGUAACAAAUCCUUACGGUAUUAUUAUGAAUACAGAAAUUUGAAGAAUGAUGGCAUCCCGAAAUGUAGACAUUUGCAGGCUGUUGCAAUUUUUAUGAGUUAAAUGAUAUUUAAAACAGAAAGGAACAGCAUUAAAGCAUUCCAUCAUCUCGAUCAUUUCUCGGAUGUCAGUGUAGAAAAGAAGGGUUCAUUUAAUAAUCAACUGUGAAUCUAUACAUUUUACAUGUAGAAGUUUGUUAAGUAGAAUAUAAUUUAUCAAACGAUAGUCCUUACUUUGGUUUCCAAUUUUAUGGACAGAAUCCUGAGUGAGGGUAUACUUUCUAAGGUUUUCAGUGAAGCCAUUAAAAGCAAGGAUUUUUUUCUUCAAUCAGCUGUUCACUAUUUAUUGAAGAAGAAUUAUAAGACCUGAAAUAUUUUAAGUUUUGUAAAGUGUAGAUCCGCUUUUCUAUGGCCUCGACUCAAUACUAAACAGGUAAUACUGUAUAUGUACAUGCAUUCAUACAAGUUUCAUUCUGACCAAAAAAAGACCAGACUUGCCAAAUGAAUAGUGUUAAUAACUAUAUUUUGACUUUUAGAAUGACUGCUGAUGUCAAGGUAAUUACUUCUUGAGAUUAGCUGAGCAAACUGUAUGCAAUACUUCAUUGUGGCUUAAAAUUCUUAUUGGCCAGUAUGUGGCAUUGCAGAGAUCAAAAUGUAUCUUCUUUAUGGUUUCAACUGAUGUAUAUUGUUGUUGUUAAUGCUGUAGUUCUUAUCAUCGAAUGUUUGGUAAUACAUGUAUUUUGUACAUUGCUUUGCUGCUAGUAGAAUACACAUCAAUAACACCAUACUACCUCUCAUUAGGUCUCACCGUCGAUCAGACAAUAAUCGUGAAAUGUUUUCAAGAUGAAAAUUUAUUUCACAUCUUUUUGAAUAGAAACAAAACCCAUCAUGAGAUGAUUGACCGCGCAAAAUCAAAAAUUAAAUUAUUGCAUUUUUCAUAGAUAAUUAUUGAAUGCAAUUGAAUUUAGCCAGUCAGUGUUUGCAUUUAGCAAAGGUAAUGCCAAUAUUACUAUGAAUGACUUCAUUUUGAAAGAUUCCCAUGAACAUGCAUGUACAUGAACAAUGGAAUGGAUACAUUCAGACCAUUAUUAAAAGUUCUCCUCGUCCUAGUAUGAUGUAACUUGUACAGCACAAGUGUUUGCAGUAGAUCUUUGCACAGCCUAGUAAAGUAUGGAUAAUCAUGAGACCAGCAUUUCUAAUUGAGCAAUAAGAAUUGUAUAUUAAGCUGUUCUGUUCUAGCUGAAAGAUAACAUAGUGUGUAGCAGCCACUUCCAUCAAUAGUUCUCAUUCUAUUGAUUAAGUAAGAUAUACUGUUUAGGUACUGUAGAUCUACAAUCACUUUUUUUGUUUAGGCGUAUUAUUAUACAAUUAUAAAUGUUAUGCCAGUGUCUAAUAUUACAUGCAUUUAGAUAGGACCAGAGAAUUUAAGAUACAAUGUUUAUACUUUAAGAUUGAAGAAAAUGACACAAAUUUAAUCAUUUAUUAUGAAACCUAAGCCUAAAUGUGUGUUUUCAUUUUUGUUGUUGGAAUGAUGGCCGGUCAUUUUUUUCUCCCCUUUUAAGACUGAUACUAGUGAGUUUACACCUGGUAUAUUUAUUUUAAACAGAUUACAAUCAACCAAUCUUAAGAUUUGUAUUUGCUUACUCUCCAUCUUUUUCAUUUUAUUCAAUUAUUAUUUUACUUAUUUCCUUUCGUCUCCUUCUUUUCUUUUCUUUGGGAAGUUUCUUAAUUUGUUUAACCAGGUGAUAAAGACCCCCAGUGCAAUGCACCUGAUCUAUUUAAUUCAUGUAUAUCAUUUUGGAUUAGAAACAUUAUUUAUUGUAAAUGUAUAAUAAGUGUAAUUACAACUCAUUAAUGUUUGAACUAUAGUUAUUGUUCAUGCUUGAAAUCAUGGGUGCUAUUUGCUGUAUUUCUCACCCCCCCCCCCAUAAUGUUUUGUGUUUAAAUGUUUAUGUAUAAGCACCCACUUUACACUUGCGAUUAACCUUCUUUUCAUUAGGGAUAUCAUUAAGCCAAGUAUACAUGUACUGGUAGUUGGAGUAUAUAUGUUAAGUUCAUACAGUUUUGUUUGUCAGUUAUUACCCAAGUAUAAGCAAUAGACAUGCCACAUUAAUUACCCAUCCAUAUGUUGAUCAGUAUUUGUAACAUGUUUAGUUGUGCAAUAUUGUUUCCAUAAUAUGAAAGAAGAUUAUAUACAGUUAUAUUCACAUAUAUUUUCUCAUAAAUAUUUGGUGCAACGGGGCUUUAUCCAUAUUUGCCAUAUCCUAUACAUGUAUUUGUGAUACUUUUUUUAGUAUAUUCCAAAUAGACUAGUGCCCUAUUGUCUGCAUGGCAGUUUCUUCAAUAAUUAAUGAGUUAAGGUACUGUUUAAAGUUUUGAGGCUAUCAUAGAAUAUUCUUAAGAGUUUUCAACAUUUAUAUGUUACUGAUAAUCAAAAAAGAAACCCUCAUAUCAUAGGUAGUUUAAAUACAAAGCCUCAUGGUACAAAUUUUGUGGAAAUGCAAUUUUUGGAUUUGGCUUUGUUAUCUUCGACCAGCUUUUAUACCAUCUACUAUGCAGUUACUAUUUCUUGAUGUUAUUUUCUCUGAUGUUUUAUUAGAUUAAUUUUUUUUGUGGAUUUUAUUUUAACUUUAUCUCUAAUAUAUUUCAAAUAUACUUUAUGUAGAUAGUGUAUGCAUUAUACAUAUAUUCAUUAGAUGAAAUCUAUUUUUAACAGAAAAUGUGCAACCUUUUGUAAAUAUUCAAUUUCACACAAUUUCACACACUGGCCAUUGUCAGGUUCUAUUAAAUGCCACAAAGGUUGUUCAUGAA